AUGAAGUCCGUGCUUUUCAGCCGCUUCUUCAUCCUCCUGCCCUGGAUCCUUAUCGUCAUCAUCAUGCUCGACGUGGACACGCGCAAGCCCGCGCCCCCGCUCACCCCGCGCCCCUACUUCUCUCCCUAUAUGGCGGGCCGCGGAGGAGCUCGGCUCCCGCUCCGCAAGGGCGGCCCCGAAAGCGGCCCGGGGCGCAGCUCCCAGAAGAGCAACGAGUCUGGGCCGCACCCGCCGCCGCAGCCUGAACCGCCGCUGCCCACGAUCUAUGCCAUCACGCCCACCUACAGCCGCCCAGUUCAGAAAGCCGAGUUGACCCGCUUGGCCAAUACAUUCCGCCAGGUGGCGCAGCUGCACUGGAUCCUAGUGGAGGACGCGGCGGCGCGCAGCGAGCUGGUGAGCCGCUUCCUGGCGCGGGCCGGGCUGCCGAGCACGCACCUACACGUGCCCACGCCGCGGCGCUACAAGCGGCCGGGGUUGCCGCGCGCCACCGAGCAGCGUAACGCUGGCCUUACCUGGCUGCGCCAGAGGCACCAGCACCAGCGCGCGCAGCCCGGCGUGCUCUUCUUCGCCGACGACGACAACACCUACAGUCUGGAGCUCUUCCAGGAGAUGCGAACCACACGCAAGGUCUCUGUCUGGCCAGUGGGCCUGGUUGGUGGGCGACGCUAUGAACGUCCGUUGGUGGAAAAUGGCAAAGUUGUUGGCUGGUACACUGGCUGGAGAGCAGACAGGCCUUUUGCCAUCGACAUGGCAGGAUUUGCUGUAAGCCUGCAAGUCAUCUUGUCCAAUCCAAAAGCUGUAUUUAAGCGCCAUGGGUCCCAGCCAGGGAUGCAAGAAUCUGACUUUCUAAAACAGAUAACAACAGUUGAAGAACUGGAACCAAAAGCAAGCAACUGUACCAAGGUUCUCGUGUGGCACACUCGGACAGAGAAGGUUAAUCUAGCCAAUGAGCCAAAGUACCACCUGGACACAGUGAAAAUUGAGGUAUAAAUUGAAGUAGCAACUGAUGCAAUUUGCCUGGCAAUGGAUAUGGAAGAGGAUUUUGGAGUUUGGGCUGCAGAGCAUUCAGGUAUUGUUCAUUUUACUUCAGUACAACAGCCUUUAUGGUCAUCUGAUGGACAUCUGUACAAACAGAGCUUGCUGGUUAACAUAAGCUAAUUGGAUGGUAUGAGAUAUGUUUUGUCUUCAUUUAUUUUGCAUGUGUCCCCCACAACCAAACCUCUUUGUACAGUACAGCUACAUGACACUGCAG